AUGUGGUCUUUGCAGGCGCUGAAGCUGGGCUGCCUGCUCGCGCUGGCCACUCUGCCGCUGCUCUGCGGCCUCCUCCCGGCGCUGCUGUUCCGUCUGCGCGCCUCACGGAGCGGGCGAAGCAUCCUGAGCUGCGCGGCGGGAGGAGUCUUCAUGGCUGCCUGCUUGCUGGACGUGGUGCCCGAUUCGCUGGCCGAUCUUCGGGACGAGCUCCGUCGGCAGAGUAUCUCGCCGGCCUUCCCCGCGCCCGAGCUGGUCCUGGCGCUGGGCUUCCUGCUGGUGCUGGUGCUGGAGCACGUGAUGCUGGACUGCAGCGACCGGCCGGGGGCCGAGUCCACGCCCCUCCUCGGCCGCCAAGAAGCCGCCGUCGUUGAGCAGCGGGCCGAGACGGUGCUGUCGCCCUUCCGUUCGCUGGUGCUGGUCGUCUCGCUGUCGCUGCAUUCGGCCUUCGAGGGGUUGGCGCUGGGGUUGCAGGACACGCCGAGCCAGGUGCUCCGGCUGGCGGCGGCCAUCGUCCUCCAUAAGUGCAUCAUCGCGGCCAGCCUGGGCCUGUUGCUGCUCCAGAGCCGCCUGCCCCUGCCCUGGCUGGCGGCCGUGCUGGCCUGCUUCGCGCUCAUGUCCCCCGUGGGCGUGGGCGUCGGGAUGGCUGUGCCCCGCGGCGCCGGAGGCUCCCUGGCACGGAGCGUACUUGAGGGGGUGGCAGCCGGAACCUUCCUGUACAUCACCUUCCUGGAGAUCCUGCCCCAGGAGCUGCAUCUUCCCUCGGGCCGCUUGCCCAAAGUCCUCGCUCUCCUCUUGGGCUUCUCUGGGAUGGCCGGGCUGCGCUUCCUAGGCUGA